AUGCACAAAUUUGCAACGGAUUCUUAUGAGAGCCUAUGUGGUGAUCGGUCAGAUGCGCACGCUUGGCGAUAUUCAAUCCCUCAGAAAGCCUAUUCACAUGACUAUCUCCUCCACGGCAUGCUCGCCUUCGCUGCCUUGCACAUAGCAGCCACAAGUUCCGAUUCCAACAAAGCCCUCAAGUAUCUCGAUACGGCGGUUGAAUAUAGCAGUCUGUCAUUUGGCUCAUUCCAAAAGGCUAUAAGCCAACUGACGCCACAGACAUGUGAAUCCAUUUUCGCCUGCUCUGCCAUUGUCAUGGUUAUUAGCAUAGCCUUGCCAUUUCUAAGCGCCAAACACCGCGACGAGAAACUGCUCAUGCUGGGCACUAUGACCACCGCAUGGGAGCUACACCAGGGUGGGCGUAGGAUAUCCCAUAUUAGUGAGCCGUGGCUUCAUGACAGCAUAUUUUCAAACUACGAUUUCUGGAAGAUGCAGACGGGGGACCUUGAUCCGGAAACGAAUGCAGCCCUCAGUCAGCUAGAUGAGUUGAACUAUCUCAUCGCUGAGUCCCACACUGAGAUUUGGGAUAGCAACCACGAGACAAUCGAGCUGUUACGAUUGUGCUUCUCUAAAUUUGCGCAUAGUCCACAUCCGGCCGCGAUCCUUGGCUGGCUCGCAUAUGUGCAAAAGGCAUUUGUCGAUCAGCUGCGCUCACGAAAGCCGCUGCAAUUGCUUAUUUUUAUGCACUGGGGCGUUCUACUGAAUGAGUUGGGUUAUCAAUUCUGGUGGGCGCGAGGGUCGGGUAAAGCUCUUGUAGCAGAGAUAUCGGGUGAAUUGGGAUCUUUAUCGGAGGAUACGAGGUGGGCGCCAGCAAUGGAAUGGCCCCAGCGGCAGACUUUCUCAUAA